UCACGAGAAAAACAUGGCUAAUAUUAUCUAUCAAAUCAGAAGAGGGAACAAAUGAGGACACAACAGAUAAAUACAUACACAGAUGGCCAAUUUAGUCAGGUAUAUAUCAUAAAAAAGAAAAAAAAAGAAAAGGUCAAGAAAAAUGCCAGACACCAGCUUCAAGGAUGAAAGAAAUAAAUGGAUGACCAAAAUCAAUGCCCAGCAGAUUGCACCCUCCCCCCGACAUAGAAACGAUGAGAGGAAAGGGAAGGAGCAAAGAAAAAGAAAAUAGAAUAAAAACCACACAUGGAGCUGAUGAUCAUUGCCCAACAAUUGAAAUUUCGCCGCCCAUCCUAUCCCUCCCGUCCCCUGUGGCCAUGGAGUGUCAACAAGAUAUCUCGUUCGCCGCCCUUCGCGUUCAAAUCACCCACCCCCUUUUAUUUUUCCCCCUUUCACGAACAUACCUCCAAAAUAUAUACUUUCUCGCGCUGAAGAUUCCCGUCAAGUCCGACAGUGCAGGCAAAGAAACGUGCUUUGCAGCAACAACUAGAGUUGACAGGUUAAAAAGCUUCACACUCGUAAGCCCUGGCCUAUCGAACCUUUUUCUGAUAGACAGCCAUUGCCCGACACUCGAUAUUUACUUCUCGGCAGGGGUGCAAACUGGCGUACAACCGGACCAUCUUAGAUCUCGGAAUUGCGAGGCUUUUUUUUGAGGGGAAAAAAAAAGGACAAGAAUAAUAAUAGACAGAAUUGAAGACAAGAUAAAAGAAAACUGGAAAACGAGUACAGCAAACGACAAGGGAAAGAAGUCAGUAAAGCACAGAAAACAACAAUGAGAUAUACAUCUUUAAAGAUCGGCGACGACGGCUGCAUAGCUGUCAAAACUAGGUAUUUUUGUGGAAGUGAUAGGUAAUCCCACACCAUAUGCAGUCAAGAAAUAUUAACUCAAAAAAAAAAAAAAAAAAAAAAAAAA